AUCUUUCACCUGCACUCAGUGUGGAAAGAGUUUCACAACCAAACAAAGUCUUGAGAGUCACAUGAAAAUCCACACUGGAGAAAAGCCAUUUAAGUGUGAUCAAUGUGGGAAAGAUUUUACACGAAAAAAUCAUCUUAAUCAACACAUGAAAAUCCACACCGGAGAAAAGCCAUUUGCAUGUGAUCAAUGUGGAAAGAGUUUCAGUCAAUCAGCACAACUUAAGAGUCACAUAAGAGUUCACACUGGAGUGAAGCCGUUCACAUGUGAUCAGUGCAGCAAAACAUUUGUUACCUCAUCAAACCUGAAGGCUCACCUGACUGUUCAUAUGAAGGAGAAACCACAUUCAUGUUCUGUGUGUGAAAAGAGUUUUUCACUGCUGAAAUAUUUACAUGCGCAUCAGAAAAUACAUACUGGUGUGAAAGAGUUCAUGUGCUUUGAGUGUGAGAAGACUUUUAUUACAGGGAGCGCAUUAAAAAAACACCAGAUGAUUCACACUGGAGAAAAACCAUACAAAUGUUCACACUGUGACAAGAGAUUCAGUCUGUCACAUAAUCUGAAAAAACAUGAGAGGAUUCACACUGGAGAAAAACCUUACAAGUGUUCACACUGUGACAAGAGAUUCGCUGUGUCAUCAAAUCUGAAAACACAUGAGAGGAUCCACAGCAGAGAGAAGCCACACACGUGUGAUCAGUGUGGAAAGAGUAUUAAAAGUAAUAUGAAGAUACACAUGAAGAUCCAUGCAGUGGAGAAACCACAGUCUGAAAUCACAGUAAGUAGUUAAUCUUUAUGUGCUGAGAAACAAAGUUAGUUUCCUAAGAGCUGUAGCGAAUUCGUACAGGUAUUUAAUUAAUUUAUGGGUGAAAUAUAUGAAUAUAAUAAAUUAUAAAGCUUUAUGAUUAAUUAUGAUACAUAUAUCGACCCAGGAGGGAAUUGUGCAUAUAUACUGUAAAUUAACUACAACAAAUUAUAAUUAAUUACAUAUAU